AUGUAUAAAAAGCCCGCGCCAACAGAGAAACUCUCCCCAAACACCCCCAUUGCAAUGUCCCUCUUGAAGGAUUUCGUCACCGCUCUCCGCAAUGCUGUCCAGGUCCCGUAUUGCACGGGUUCCGUAACUCUCGAUCCGGCGGCCUCAACUUUGUUUUAUAAAGCCUCCGACUCGGAGCGAGCAGAGUUGCUCAACUUCGCGCAUCCAACUGAAGAAAAAUUAGAGGCUCUCUCGAAGGCAUGCCAGGCUGCGACAUUCGGCCGCGCGCAGCAAGACUUCGCCCCAUUGGAGCUCGGCAUCCUCCACACAAUUCGCCAAGAUCUUCUCAGAGGUCAAAAAGCGGAGAAGCCCAUCCGCGUCGAGCUCUAUAAGCUCAAUGUAUACGGUCCUGGCGCAUUUUUCAAGUCCCAUGUCGAUACUCCCCGGAGCAACAUGAUGUUCGGCUCCCUCGUCAUCGUACUCCCUACUGUCCAUACAGGCGGCUCCCUCGUUUUCCAUCACGGCGGCCACGAGUUCACCUUCGACUCCGCCCAAGCCGUCGCGGUGAAUACGGAAGGCCCUCGGGCGGCGUUCGCGGCCUUCUAUAGCGAUGUUGAGCAUGAAGUUCUUCCCGUCGAAUCUGGAUAUCGAGUGACCCUCACCUACAACCUCUAUUUCAAGAAUAGUGGCUCCAACAAUCGGGCAGCUGACAUCCCUAACGAACUCGAUCAACACCUGAAGGCAUCUUUCGAGGCAUUGCUGAAGGACCCUACCUUCCUUCCUGACGGCUGCCUCGUCGGUUUCUCCCUUUCCCACCGAUAUCCGUUCGAGGUCAGGGGGAACAGGGACCUUACCAAAUUUUUUUACCUCUUGAAGGGCGCAGACGCUGCCAUCUUGCACAUGUGCGCCGAUCUCGACCUACAUCCCGCUAUCAAGGCUGUUUACAGCGAUUACGAAGAGACCGAAUUUUGUUUGAUGGACAGUUUCUGCGACUUCGCCGAUGAAGAGGUCGAGGACACCCUAAUUUGCUACCUUGAAGAACAGGGUGGGCAGGUUGUCUACCCGGUGGAGAAGGGCCCGCUUCAGUCUGAGUAUGGUCCGAAGAAGGCGGUCCCGAUCAAGUGGUUCAAAUUUGGCGAUACGCCGAAUACGUUCGAAACCCCUUACGUGGCUCAUGGCAAUGAACCCUCCGUCGAUUACGCCUAUGGAGAGCUCUGCCUUGUCGUAGAUAUCCCACCUGCCGCCAGUCGUGGUCUGUAUCCUGUAGCACUUCAUGUUAUAUCUCCUACUUCAGAUCUGGCUUAG